UACAUUGGUAGAGGUACCACUUCUCCACAUAGAAUUCCCCAUACUCGAGUACAAUUCGGGAUGUGGAGGCCGGCAUUGAUGAAUGACUGCGACGUCUUACAUGGCUGCACACGUUACAGCACUCGUUGCGCUGGAGUGUUUAGGCGCCGGACCACGUAGGAAUACCGCAUGGCACCUCCCAGCAUGAUAUUUACGAUCCACGAAACGAAGACGAGUCAGCCAAAGUGCCGCGUCGAUCGGUAGUGGCGGAGAAUUUCCACGAGGCACGACACUGACGUAGCUUCCGCAUUGGGCAACGAUGCACAUCACGAUGUCCGCAAAGGCUGCCACAUCCACUUUCGGACCGACUUACAGAUACAAGAUGACUAUUCCGCCUCCGAGUUCGAUGAGUGUCCCCCACAUGCCAGACUGUUUGUGGGAUAUAUAAGAGUCGAGGUCCCCGUCAACAAUUUCUUGCUUAGCACACCGAACAAGUCAAUAUGCGGUCUUACACUUUCGCCUCGAGCGCUCUCCUUUCCAUCUCCGGAGUCGCAGGCUCUGUGCUGAUGAACAAUGGGCUCGCGGCUACACCUCAAAUGGGCUGGGAUAACUGGAAUGCCUACGGCUGUGAUGUCUCAGCCGACUUGUUACUCGAUAGUGCGCAAGCCAUGGCAGAUCUCGGCUUGAGAGACGUUGGCUAUCACUAUGUGAUUUUGGAUGAUUGCUGGUCUGAUGGACGAUAUGAGAACGGGUCACUACGACCGAAUUUUGAGAAGUUUCCAAAUGGGAUGGCGGCUAUUGCAGAUUACAUUCAUAGCCUCGGCAUGGGAUAUGGAAUGUAUUCCUCCGCUGGCAAAUAUACGUGUGCGCAGUAUGCUGGAAGCCUGGGUCACGAGACGACCGACGCAAAUACCUUCGCAAGCUGGGGCGUGGACUAUCUCAAGUAUGACAACUGCUACAAUGAAGGCCAAUCGGGCAACCCCAACAUCUCCUACGCGCGCUACGAAAAGAUGUCAACUGCUCUGAACAACACCGGCCGACCAAUCCUGUACUCGAUGUGCAAUUGGGGUCAAGAUCGACCCUGGGACUGGGCGUUCACCAUCGCCAACUCGUGGCGUGCGACUGGCGACAUCACCGACUUCUUCGACCGACCCGACGUUAGAUGUCCGUGCGAGGACAAGGAGGGUCUGAACUGCGAGUUCCCGGGCUUUCACUGCAGUGUGAUGAACAUUAUCAACAAGAUGGUCUGGACGAUUCAGCGAUCGCAGCCUGGCGGGUGGAAUGAUCUGGACGCGCUUGAAGUCGGAAACGGCGGAAUGAGUGAUGAAGAAUACAAAUUGCACAUGACCAUGUGGGCCAGCAUGAAAUCACCCCUCCUCAUCGGCACCAACGUCCAAACCCUCGACGCAAAAAGCUACUCCAUCCUAACCAACCCCGCCAUCCUCGCCCUCUCUCAAGACCCAGCAGGCGCGGCCAUCAUCCGCAGAUGGAGCUACCAGGUCCCCCAAAAGGACAUUUUCGGCGUGGGAGAAGUCCAGAUGUUCUCCGGCAGCUUGUCCAAUGGUGACUACGCCGUCGUCCUGCUCAACGCCGCCACAGACGAAAUGCACAUGAACGCCACGGCCGGUGACAUCUUCGUCGACGAAGGCGGCAAGAUCUCCGCUGCGGCGAAGAGCGCAUGGGACGUGUACGAUCUCUGGGCGAACCGCAUGCCGGACUCUGUUGCCAAUCAGAUCCUCCAGUCGAAUGGUACGGCUGGCUUCUCGGCGGCGCAGAACUACUACUACAAUGCGACGGCCCAGAGUUACGCGGACGGUAUCGCUGCGAAUGAUACUUUGUUGAUGGGGACGAAGGUUGGGACGCUGGAGGCGCUGGGGACGUUGAAGGCGAUGGUGCCGGCGCAUGGGGUGAUGGCGUACAGGUUACGGCCUUCCAAUGCCACGGCUGUGAGCAAGAGGGACGAGUUGUAGAUCAAGUUUUGAUAGCGCGCAAUGCAAAAGGCGUAUUUUUCGUGAGUUCACCCGCUCGACGGUACACAAGUCGUU